AUGGAAGCACUCUUAUCUAAGUUUGCUAAUCCACCAUCAAAACUCGUCAAACAAUUUCUUGAACUAUGUACCAUAUCUAAUGGAUUCUUAGAUAUAAAUAUAGUUACAAAAUAUAUCGUAGAUUCUCUUUCAAAGAUAGGAAUCGAAGCAAAGAUUGACGAAAAUCAAAAUAUUACUGCAGAAAUUGCCAAAAAUCUCGAUUUUAAACGUACAAUUGCACUUCAUACUCAUCUAGAUGCCACACGAAUUGGAGAAUUAACUGAAAUCCAAGUAGAACAAAACGAUUCAGACUACAUUAUUAAAUCAGAGAAAUCUAACUUUGCCGCUUCUACAUUUUUUGCUAUUACUACAAUGUUAAACGUUGCAAAUGAAAGUUCCAAUUUCAAACACGGCCCAAUUCUUUUAAUUUUUACAGUUAAUGAUGAGCUUUCAUUGAAAGGAGCAUCGUUAAUUCCAAAAUGGCCUGCACUUUCAUUCAACGCCUUAAUUAAUUUAAAUUCAUUUAAUGGAGACGAAAUUGUUGUAGGAGGACCAAUAGGCAAGAACUUCAAUAUCUCAGUAAAAGCAGAUUUCCACGAUCCAGAAGAGAACCAAUGCGUUGUUUCUGCUGUUUGUAGUGGAUUAAACGGUGGAUGCGUUUCUGACGUAAAUGCUAACGCCGUACAGUGGGCAUCCUCUGUUUUAUUCCAACUCUCGCACUCGCAGAUACCUUUCAGACUGAUAUCUCUUGAAUCUGGAGAUUAUCAAUACACUGUUUCGACAAAUUACGACUUAAAGAUACUUGUUCCUAAAGAAAAAGGCGAAGAAGCAGUAAAUAUAAUACAUGCAGCUCAUAUGGCCUCUGUAAUGGAGUAUGUUCGCUCUGAUUCUUCGAAUUUCAACACAAUAAUUACAGAAAUCCAGCCACAAAAGGCACUUUCAGUUGAAUAUACAUUAGCUAUAACUAAUUUCCUAUCUUUGUUACCCUCAGGAGUUAUAACAAACUCCCUUCCUUACCAAGGAUUUGAAACAGCAUCUAAUAUCGGAAAAGUGACAAUAAAUUCUGAGAAAAUUGAGAUUCUUUUACAAGGAUUAGCCAUGGCAUCAGGCGGUAUGGACAGAGUGACUAAGAUCAUCAAGGCCGCUGCAAGGACAUCGAAGCUAAACAUCACUGUCGAAGAGAAAGAUAAUUGGCCGCAAUGGGGACCAAGAAGAAGAGGAUUUUUAGUUUCUAUACUGAUGUCUACAGGAAAAGAGCAUUUCGGAAAGGAUCUUAAGUUGGGAUUGAUGCCAUACGCUAUUGCUCCAUCAGUAUUAUAUGAUAAUGGAUACGACGAAGCUUCUUACGCCGCAAUUGGACCAAAGAUCUCAAAUUUCAGAGCUGUUGGAGAGUCAAUUUCAACAGAUCAGAUCGAGAAAUGGGCAGAAUACGUCAUCUCUGCUAUCAAAAAUCUCGCUUGA